UUUCAAUCUCAACAGGGCGAAAGCUGGUCUCAACCAAAUUACUGCCCUCAGUUACGCUGCACCCGUCUGAAUCCCAAGAGUUAAUUCAGUAGGCUUUGUACCUUUUUUGCUGAGCCAUUGGUAUCUGCCUACCCAUGUGCUACAAAGCUGGAGUUGAUUUGCUAUAAAGCCAGCUUCAUUCAUCCCUCCCAAUCCACAACAGCACUACACAGAGGUUGUUCCAUCGAGACUCACUUUAUCCUAUCCCUUAUACCCGGCUGUUCCCUUCGCCUCUCUCACCCAUUCAUCAUUCAUCAUCCACUGUCCGCAUUCCUUCAAAGCUACCAUGCAAGCCCACCUCUCCACUCCGGAUUCAAAUCCGCGCCGUAGACUCUCUUCGGCCAUCAGCAAAUUAUCCUUGAACAAGAUGAAAGCUUUCGUGUCAUCAUCCACAAUUGCACCCAAUUUGAGCUCUCCCGGCACCGAUCAAUCCGAGAACGCCAGUGAUUCGUCUUUAUCUGUCUCUCCGCCACCUUGCCCAAUUCUCCAUGCCAACUCCCAAACCAUGAAAAACUACGCCAGCCAAAGAUCCAACAAAACUCCAUUCCGAGAACCCGCCUUAUUCCCCACUAGCCUCAACUUCAGCCAACAGACGAUUUAUCUGUUUGAAUCCAACGAAGGCGAGGACGACGAAAACUUGAACUUCUACUUAAAUGAUCUUCUUCUCGGCCCGAGCGAGCCCGCCACAAGUGAUCAAGGUCACAAGGAUCAAACCCCCGAAAAAACGACGAAGCAACGCAGCUUCCACUUGUCUGGCCGUCAUAUCAAAAGCAAAAAAUUCAGUCUGAAUGCCUUUCCCCUGACCAAAAGCGUGUCAUUCCAAAACCACGGCAAAGGGUUAAUCAAGCGGUCAGAGUCAACCUUGUUCCGGGCAGCCAAACCUAGUGCUUUGACUGCUAGCCCUCAGACCGCUUCCCACCCAGUCGCUGAACCCGAGGUGCUCCCAAAGAAAGAGGAUCUACCCCGAAAGAUUAGUGAUCCCAUAACCGAUUAUUCAAAAUUUUCUGAGCGCACUCGGCUGCUUUCACUUCCAACCAAGUUGGACACUGCUCAGAUCAAGCAGACCAUGCCAAAGGAGAAACUUCCCACUCUGUUAGAAGCCAUCCCAGAGCAAUCGAACGUAUCUUCACCGACCUUUUCUACGGAUUCUCACACCGCACUCUUGACCCCACAACGAUUCGAGAAUGAAGCAAUCUGUCCACGAAUCGAUAUGAUUUUAACAUCAUCUCCUUUUUUCAACAAUAACAACUCUACUCUAUCACCGGUUCUUAACCAAGAACCAGGCACACCAAUCCUGCAUUCCCGCAACACCAAUGGCUGUCUAUUCCAGACGCUCACCCCCUACACUUUUGCAGCCCCCGAAACUCCAACGACCUGUGUGAACAGUAUUUCUGCUCAUCAACACCAAGCUACGCCUCAUGGAAAGUUCGCGAUGUCCACGGGAAGCCCUGGGAUCUUCAACUUACCGACGCCCUGUUCGCAACCCUUGAGGACCCCUGUCAGACGUCAAUACUCUCUGCUUUCUCCUCACUAUCUACCUUCCCCCUUGCCUCCAAGAGAUUCCUCCUCACACGGUCAAGCUUCUCGUGGCCCCGGUGCUGAUAUGUUGGCCACGCUUGAAUUCCUUUCGGACUUGUGUCAAAAAUCACCGGAGUACUUGGAGGAACAGGACAGCCUUCACGAGCGUGCUAGUAUUCAAGACUCUAAUGAGCUCUGAGUAGUUCGAUAAUCAUUCUUGAAUACCUUCACUUCAUUCUUUCUAGUUUCUGUUUUCUUCCUUUUCCCAAUAUCAACCUAGUUAUGAUGAAUUUUUUGAGUGAUCCAAAUAAUUGUUAGUUGAGUAUUCUUGAAAUGUUUAACGUUCGAGUCUCUUGUUCCAGUCCGAUGUCAUCUGUUUUGCCCAGAGAUCAUAGUUGUCCUCUCAUAUUAGCUUAUCAUCCGUCCAUCAAUUUCGCUACCCCGUCAUUUAUUUUUCUAUUCUCUCUUUAUCACACUGACUC